GAAACGUGUUGUCAUUUAAUUCCAAUCUUCAAUUUUGUCAGUGGACGCUUAUUGAACAUCACAUUAAUAAUAAUGACUUAUGUCAAUCGAUUUAUUUCUGACUAGUAAGCAGGUAAUGUAUUUGACGAAUAUAACAAUUUUUUAAUACAGGUCCAUACAUUGAGCUGUAAAUGAGUUACGUAGAUGUCUUUGUUGGCAACUUCAUUGUCAUAGACUUCGAGCUGUACGACCUGUGGUUGAAAGGAUUGUCUGUGGAUGAGUGUGCCGUGGCUCUCCAGAACAGAGGUGUACUGCAGUCAACAGGAGCCCGCUUUGAUGAGUUGAUCAGCGACACGAAGGACAGCUUCCGACUGUACGCAAGUCUCGAACAGCUUCUUAAAUGGCCAACAAAGUUUGGGGAGCAGCUGGUCUAUCAGAUCGACCCAGAAACUCAAAAGAUCCUCAUUGAUAAGUAUUAUCAGUUUGAUGCUCAUGUAAUUCGAGAGAUACUAGGAAAGAAGCUGUCCACUCGCCUCAGGAACAACUUGGACGAAGUUAGUGAGAAGACAAAGGUCCAUCUACGCAGCUGUUGUAGACAGUUUGACAAUGUGAAGCGCGUGUUUAGACAGGUGGAGGAGAGACCAGGCUCCCUGGAGAAGAACAUCAUGUCCUGCUUCUGUCUCACAUCUGAUACACUGGCCAAGAAGUAUGCAGCCAUAGUGUUCAUGGCCAACCACAGGUUUGAGACAUGCAAGAAGCGUCUGGGUCACCUCACCUUUGAAGACUUCUUGUACUGUGCUGAACACAUGAUCACCAACUGGUCUUACAGUGCUGCAGAGUGUGACAAUCAUGAAGACAUGGAUGUUGACCUGGAUAGGGCAUUCCUGCAGGACCUACGUGAUCUCAAGAUUCUCACUGAGAAACAGCAUGUAGACGAACAUAAAUUGUUUGUGCUGAACAUCUUGAAGACAUCCCUCAAGAAGAAAAGACAUGAGAGUCUGGAAGAAAACUACAAGACUACAUCAAAAGCAAUCAUCAGUAUAGCAUACGGCCUCAACCACAGCAAGGAGGUGCGCAACUUCUUCUCAGAUGUCAUUGAAGAAGUGAUAGAGCCAUUCAUGUUGUCCCACUGGACUGUGGAGGAAAUGAAGACAUUUCUCAGUGUGUACAAGGACUCGGGACACAGGCUAUCGGUGUUCAGAUCUGCUCCUAACCUUUCUGUUGUGUGGGACCGUUACAUGAACACCUUCAUCAAGUGCUGCCUGAAGAUGUAUCAUAUGUAACCACGGAUAUGUGUCGUCAUGAAAACUUUUGUGCAAUAACCUGGGCAUGAUAAUAUACGUGAUGAAUGUUCUUAUGCUGGUGAGAGCGUUCUUAAGAUUUCCCAAUUGACUCAAAGUACUGGUUCGACCCAGUAAACAGACUCAAUGGGGUUUCAAUAAACCUUAAGUUUUUGAUACAUUUAGCUAACAUAAAUAGGUUUUAAGACCUGUAUAUUUGAUAGUGUCAUAACAGAUAAUAAUGACCCCUAUUGUACAAUGCAGGGUAUUUUAACCCUUUGCAUGCUGGGACAUUUGUCAUCUGCUUAAAUGUCGUCUGCUGAAUUUCUAAAACAUUUAGCAUUUUCUUCGAUUUUUUUUUCAAUGAAGACUAUCAGAAUAGCAAACAGUUUGGAUCCUGAUGAGACGGCACAUUCUGUGGCGUCUCAUCUGGAUCUAAACUGUUUGCAAAGGCCUUCAAAAUUCGGUUCCAGCACUGAAAGGGUUAUAUCAAUAAUUAUGAUUCUUCAACGUAUUUGAUGGUUUUGUAAAGAGAUUUUUGGCUUUCUGCGCCCAACAAUAUGUUUGAAAAUAUUCAGCUAGAAAUUCUGCAGAUGGCUCUGCAAGUAGAGGGGAUGUAGCUGUUUCAUCAACUUUGUUUGUUACUUGUUAUGAAUGUUAUCUUCCACCAUAGGUGGAGGGAUAUUAUUUUGGCCUUGUCUGUCCAUCCGACCGUCUUUCCGUCCGGCACUUUUGUGUCCGGAGCCAUAUCUUGGAAGUGCUUUGGCGGAUUUCAUUGAAACUUGGUAUGAGUAUAUAUAUGGAUAAGAGGAUGAUGCACGCCAACUGGCAUUGUACACUAUCGAAUAAUAACGGAGUUAUGGCCCUUUGUAUUUUGAACAAAUGCUUUUUUGUGUGUCCAGAGCCAUAUCUUGGAAGUGCUUUGACGGAUUUCAUUGAAACUUGGCAUGAGUAUAUAUAUAUAUAUGGAUAAGAGGAUGAUGCACAUUGGCGUUGUCUAUCCGUCCAGAAAACUUUUGUGUCCAGAAGUAUAAUGGCAGGGGAUAUCAAUUCAACGAAUUUGCUUGUUAUGGUUAAUACACUUAUUAGGUAUACAAUUUUAUCCCAUGCCAUACCAUGUUUCCCAUGUAAUAUAGCCAUUCAGAAUAUUUUUAUCUUACUCAAAUGUGUAAUAUACAUUAAGUUUUCGUUUGAUUGACUAAUCGCAUUUUUUUAUUUUGCUUAAAUGACGUUGCAAUGUCAAAUGACGUCACGAAAUGUAAAUAAUAUUCGGGAUUUAUAGUUAUUUUUGCGAAAAUAUUUAUUAAAUUUGCUCAUUAAAAAGCAUGUAAUAAAAAGAUCUGACACUCAUCAUUUCAUACCAUAUUUUAUUAAAUUCAUCCAGGAAAUUCGUUAGUAAGCCAGCCUUUGGCAAAAAUCCUGAACUCGUUUAAUAAAAUAUCGUAUGAUAUGACAUCUCAUGCCAGAUCCUAUUUUUGUUCUUCAGGCUCUGCAAACAAUAGCAUAAGGUAUUAAAUGAGCCUCGUUUGUGGAUUCUGGGCUAUAUACAUGUGCGUAAAGUGUAGUUCACAUUAGGCUGUGCAGUUUCACAUUUGGGUAAAUUGACAAAAUUGAAAAAAGUUGUUUCAGUUUCGCAAAUUUUUGUUUUAGUUAUGAUAUUUGUGAGGAAACAGUAAUACUAAACAUUUACCAUGCUCUAAAAUAGCCUUUAUAUGCAUCUUUUGACGAUUUAAAAGCCCUAAAAUUAUAAAGCGUUGCAACGCAAAACGAAUUAAUAAUUUGGAGAGUUCUGUUGUUGUCUUAAGAUUUUGUGAAACUACGAGGAUUGCAUAUAUAAAGUAUAAAAUGCAUCUAUCAUUUUAUCCAGAAGGAUGGCCGAGUGGUCUAAGUGGUUGACUUUUUACUCCAGUACUCCAGGGGUCCAUGGUUUGAGCCCUGCUGAGGGUUACCUUUUUUUUUUAAUUUUACUCUUGUUUUUUUUCUUCAGCUUUUAUAUCAAAUCUUUACAUUUAUCAAAAUAAAGCAUUUAAUAACAAACUUCAGAACAUGACAAAAUCUGUGAAAAGGCCCCUUUAAUAGCAACAUAGUAUGUUAUUUAAGGACAAGUAUAUAUGUAGAUUGUUUUCUUUGUGAAGCUGAUUAAAGCAUACAUUUUCAUUG